UUAGUUUCCAUGAUCGACCGACAAAGGAUCCAAACUGUGCCAUUAAUGAAGGAGACAAGCUCUUAGGAUCUCCACUGAAGUUGCAGAUAUAUGUCCCUCCCUCUUUCUUUUUCUACUCUCUUCAAGGAACAAUCAACCUUUAACUUAAGGGUCUCUCUUCAACAUUUUCCUCCAUAUAUAACUACUCUUUCAGUUUCAUCUUUCAAACCACAAUAACACUUUCAACUACUUACUCCUCUCUCUCUCUCCUCUCUCUCUUUCUCUCUCUUGAUAUAUUUACUAGCUAUGAAUAAUUUUCAUCCUAAUACUUCUCUUCACUUAAUCAACCAACCAGAAAAUGAUAAUCAUCAUCAUCAUCAACAUCACCAUCAUCAUCAACAACAUCAUCAUCUGAAUCUAGAUCUUGUUCUUGAACCAUCUUCUUCAUCAUCAUCCUCUUCACCUAUAAGCUCAAUGGAGCAAAGGAUAUUCUCAUGCAACUACUGUCAGAGAAAGUUCUACAGCUCUCAAGCUUUAGGAGGCCACCAAAAUGCUCACAAACUUGAAAGAACACUUGCCAAAAAGAGUAGAGAGAUAACCUCAGCCAUGCAAUCUUACAAUGAAUUACCAGAACACCCUUCAAACUAUAGCACUUUUGGUCAUGGAAACUCUCAUCUUGACAAUAACCAUGGACAAGGAGGUCAUUUGAUGAGGUAUGGUGGAAGAAAAGAAUUUAGUUAUGGUAAUUCUAAGGAAGGUGUGAGUUCUUCUUCUUGGUCAAGGGGUUAUAACACUCCUUCUGAACAUGUUCAGGAAGAUAUUAACCAACUUGACUUGUCCUUAAGGCUUUGAGAUGAAACAAUGCUUCAGUUACUAUAAUUAAGAACAAGGUUGAAAUAAUUACUGAAAUUAGAGACAGAAAAAAUAAAUUUAGCCACGUGUCGAACACUUAUUUCUGUCUCUAAAUUUCUUAAGCUAAUUCAACUGAUUUGAUUCGAAGGUGUAACAAUUAUUUGAAGUGUCACUUUUUAGAAGAAUUUGAGUUUCAGGUUACAUAUAGAUUAGUUUGGAUACUAGUAUGUUAAAAUUGUUUAUCUUUAUGGUUUCUUUGUAUGUUUCUGUAGUAGUGUAAGCAUGGUAGAAUUUCUAUAUUGUUGAAAUCUGAGAUGUUUUUAAGAGAAAAUUAGGUUUUGUUAAAAUGAAGGAAUAGCAACUAGCAAGUACUGUAAAAUUAGGUUUUACAUAAGUAUAUGUAUAUUUCAAUUAUCAAAACCUAUAUUUUGUUGCACGAUAUAUAAGUGAGGAGACUCGUAUAUUUGUUAAGA